GCGGGCUCGGUGGGCGCUCGGCAAGACUUUUGUUUCUGUGUGGACGAACCCAGGAGGUGCAGUUGGAGGUUUUUUUUUUUUCCGCGGCCUUCGGAGGUGUCUGCUUUCCGUCUCAUAGAAAAUAUUAAUAAUAGGAACUCAAACUCUUCUAAGUUGGCCGUGGACGGAAGCAAACGCAAUCUGGAAGCGGAGACGAAGGGCAUUGAGGCGGCUAGCAACAGGACAGCAGGGAUAUCGCCCAAUGACCACUGCCAGGGAAGAAAGGAUGACGGACAUGUCUUCUAGAGCGUUUCUGGGCUGACCUUGCAUCGCCUGCAGAGCUGGUUGAGAUUUCUGCCCAGGAGGGUCGCUGAGUUUUGUAACCCCCCAGCAGGGGCUGACGUUCUGGGGAGCAUGGCCUUCACCAACUACAGCAGCCUGAACCGGGCUCAGCUCACGUUUGAGUACCUGCACACAAACUCGACCACUCAUGAGUUCCUGUUCGGAGCCCUAGCUGAGCUUGUGGACAACGCAAGGGAUGCGGAUGCUACAAGAAUAGACAUCUACACAGAGAAGAAGCCGGAGCUGCGUGGUGGGUUCAUGCUGUGUUUCCUUGACGAUGGGACUGGAAUGGACCCCAGUGAAGCUACACAUGUGAUACAGUUUGGAAAAUCCAGCAAAAGAUCCCCAGAGUCAACGCAAAUCGGGCAAUAUGGCAACGGGCUGAAGUCAGGCUCCAUGCGAAUCGGAAAGGAUUUCAUCCUUUUCACCAAGAAAGAGGACAAACUGACCUGCUUGUUCUUGUCGCGAACCUUUCACGAGGAAGAGGGCAUAGAUGAGGUGAUCGUGCCCCUGCCUACAUGGGAUAACAAAACCAAGCAGCCAGUCACAGACAACCCUGAGAAGUUUGCCAUCGAGACGGAGCUCAUCUACAAGUACUCUCCGUUUAAGACAGAAGCACAGCUCAUGGAGCAGUUCGGCAAGAUUGAAGGGGACAGUGGGACUCUGGUCAUCAUCUACAACCUGAAGCUGAUGGACACCCGGGAGCCGGAGCUGGACGUGGAGACGGACCCGCGGGACAUCCUGAUGUCGGGGACCCCCCCAGAGGGAGUGAAACCAGAGAGGAGGUCGUUCAGAGCCUAUGCAGCUGUCCUCUACAUCGACCCCCGAAUGAGAAUCUUCAUCCAGGGACACAAGGUCCGCACCAAGAGGCUCUCCUGCUGCCUCUACAAACCAAGAAUGUACAGAUACACAUCGACGCGUUUUAAAACGAGGGCAGAGCAGGAAGUGAAGAAGGCCGACCACUUGGCCAAAAUAGCUGAGGAGAAGGCGAGGGAGGCGGAAAGCAAGAGUUUGGCGCUGGAGGUGAAACUGGGAGCUGACCUCACCAGGGAGGCGCGGGUCGUGCUGCGCAAAUCGCAGGACUCUGCUCUGAUGCUGCGCAGGGAGGCGGAGGUGAAGAGGAAGAUCCAUGAGGCCAAGCAGAGAGCCCUCAAGGAGCCCAAGGAGCUCUGCUUUAUUUUCGGGGUGAAUAUCGACCAGCGGGACCUUGAUGGCAUGUUCGUGUACAACUGCAGCCGGCUCAUCAAGAUGUAUGAGAAAGUCGGGCCGCAGCUUGAAGGAGGAAUGGCAUGUGGGGGUGUGGUGGGCGUGGUGGACGUGCCGUAUCUGGUGCUGGAGCCCACCCACAAUAAACAGGACUUCGCUGACGCCAAGGAGUACCGCCACCUCCUGAAAGCCAUGGGAGAACACCUGGCACAGUACUGGAGGGACAUUGCCAUUGCCCAGAAGGGGAUAGUGAAGUUCUGGGAUGAGUUUGGCUACCUGUCGGCCAGCUGGAGCCAGCCUCCGUCAAGCGAGCUGCGGUACAAGAGGCGCCGGGCCAUGGAGAUUCCCAUCACCAUCCAGUGCGACAAGUGUCUGCGGUGGCGCACUCUUCCAUUCCAGAUGGAGUCCGUAGAUAAGCAGUACCCUGACAACUGGGUCUGCUCCAUGAACCCUGACAGCACACAAAACAGGUGCGAGACUCCCGAGCAGAAGCAGAACCUGCCUGUAGGAGUCAUGCGCAAGGAGGCGAAGACGACGGAGGACAAGCAGAAGCAGCUCUCGGAGAGGAUCCGCCAGCAGCAGGAGAAGCUGGACGCCCUGCAGAAAACCGCAGUGGUGAAAUCCCAGGCAGACCUGAAAACCCUGCCUCUUGAGGUCAGCAUGAAACCUGCAGUUGAGAGCAGCUCUCAGGCGACCAGGUCCUCCGAGAGGGUGCAGCGCCCCCGCUCCCCGCCACUGCCCGCCAUGAUCAAAAACGCCCCCAGCCGGCCGCCCCUCGUCAAGCCUCCACCCCUGAGCAAGAAGCCCCCCACGCCCACCCGCACGCCGAAGCCAGCCACCCCACCGCCCCCGCCCCCGCCCGUCCGGAGAGACGCCCGCUCCAGCGCCGCCAGGACCCCCGCGGCCAGACCUUCUGCCCGGACCCCCGCCCCCAGCAAGGCGGCGGCCAGCCGGUCCGCCCGGAGCACGGCAAAGCAGGUAACACCUGCAGGGAGCCAGCGCAAGAGAGGCCCCCCCCAGGCAGAGAACAGCGAGGAGGAGGAGGAGGAAGACGAGGAGGAGGAGGAGGAGGACGACGAUGAGGAGGAGGAGGAGGAGGAGCCGCAGCCCAAGAAGACGAAGGUGACCGGCUCGGCGCCUGCGCGUGGCAAGGGCCCUGCGGCGAAGCCCGAGCUGAAGCAGAAGAGUGGGAGAGUGACGGAGCUCAGGGCGCAGACAGCGGAGGGCAGCGUGGUGGUGGAGAGCGCUGGGAAGCAGAUGCCUGGCUCCAGACGGAGGACACUCCCUCCUGCUGAGAGCACGGAGGAGGAGGAGGAGGAGGAGGAGGAAGAAGAGAAAAGGCCAAGCUCUGGCAAAAACAGGCUGGCGGCUGCAAUUGCGCCCCAGGUGUUCAGAGCAGCGGCCGAGCCAAAACGCGCGGCCGCGUCGCAGCCAAGCGCUCGGAGAGCCCAGAGCAGCGUGGUGGUGGAGAUCACGGACAGCAAUGAAGAGGAAGAAGAAGCAGGAGUGGAUCUCAAGGCAGCAAAGAAAGAUAGAGGCCUACUGGUGGAAGUGAAGGUGAACAAGGAGUGGUUCACUGGCCGCGUCUCGUCUGUGCAAGCUGGGAAGCAGGGCGUUCUCUGGAAAGUGAAGUUUGACUAUGUGCCCACUGCCAUCACCCCUCGUAGCAGGUGGGUGCUGAAGGGCAGUGAUGAUGUGCGGCUGAUGCGUCCCCCAACGCCCGAGUCCCAGAGUCCCGACACCUUGGAGGACGCGGAGAAGGAGGAAGGAGCCCCCACCCGAAUGGAGCCCGACACCACCCAGCCCACGGCCAGCCGGGAGGUCAUCGAGAGCCUGGUUGUGAUGAUGAGGACGUUGCUACGGUACUUUUUCCCUCCGGAUUUCCAGAUCCCUAAGGAUGAUGUCAACACCAUGACUGCAGAGGAGCUGGUGGCUUUCCCAAUGAAGGAGUAUUUCCAGCAGUACGAGCUGGGGCUGCAGACGCUGUGCAAUUCCUACCAGAGCCGCGCAGACGCGCGGGCCCGGGCGGUGGAGGAGAAGAGCAACAGCGCCGAAGCCAGGCUCCGCGAGACGGAGGAGAAGCUGCAGAAACUGCGCACCAACAUCGUGGCUCUGCUGCAGAAAGUGCAGGAGGACAUCGAUAUCAACACAGAUGAUGAGCUGGACGCCUACAUUGAAGAUCUGCUUACUAAGGGAGAUUAAGAGACGCCUACUUCUUACGUCAGCCAAAGGGACUGAUCACAGACAGCACAGCUGGCUUGGGCCCGUUUACCCUGUUCCACUACCUGGAGUCGUCUGUUCUUCUCUUACAUUCUUCUGCAUUCCUAGAGACCAAGGCGUUUGUGGGCAGUGGCACUGGAGGGUCCAGGAGAAGGGGGCAUCGCAGUGGUGGGUCAGUGGCUGGUUGCAGCAGCACUUUGGAAGCAAAGGAGCAGAGAGACUGCUUUCUUUUUUGCAGAAGCUCUCUCCUGCAGGGAACAGGACUGGCACCACCCUCCCUGUGUGGGCAGUGCUCACCAACCCACCCCGAGCCUGAAAGCGAAUCUGCUUUCGCUAAUCUGUGGCUAAGUGGGGAUGGAGGAAUAACGCUAGAUGGCAUUAAUCGUACCAAGGUAACAAAAACUACACUGCAUUCAACUUUUAAGGACAGCCAAGUGAAAGGACAGAGGAGGCUGAAGGAUGCUGUUUGGUUGUGGACCAAAGUAACCUAUUGAGCUGAGCUCGUAUCUGGGAUCUGCAGAGAGAGAACCGUCUUCUGCUUCCAAAGAAACUAAGAUACCUUGCCUGGAUGGCUGUGGUGUUCUCCUGGACCCAGGGAAAAUGUGACUUUUACAGCUGAGCUCCAGUCUGUUAACAUAUUUCUGUUGGACGACUGUUUAUGAAAAGCGCAUCACCUUCCCCAGUGUUUUUAAAUUCCUAAUUUUUAGUUAUCACAGUUCAAAAUUUCUACAUUUUACCUAAAAUAACGUAAGCUUUCUUUGGACUGUUUGUUGUUGUCUGUGACAACUUCACGUCAGGUCUUGCUCAGACUAAAGCUAAACCAGUAAUGACCAUUGUCAGAAAGUCACUAUUGCACUCCCAUUGUUGCAUCUGCUGUUAAAAAAACAGAUUUUCAAAGUAAGGUAAGACUGGUUUGUAUAUACCACAGGGUUUUUAAAUAGCCAUACAAAAACAGAGCAGGUAAUAACUGCGAACUAAUCAUUCUGGAUUUUUUCCAACUGUAGCUGAUUUCAAGGAUGUUAGCCAUCAUAGUCUACUGUGAUGAUGUGCUUAAGAUAACAGGGUUUCUUUGAGGCUGUCGUCUUGUGAAAUACCAUCUGUACUCUGAUUUUUAUUCUUGAUGCAGUCACCUGUUCUCCAAAUUAAAUCCUAACUUUUAACUAAAUGCAGGGUGCAAUUUCCCGCUGGUUUUUUGACUGCUGUUUUCCGUUUGUCAGAAGCUUUUACUCCUCACUGCGGAAAGCAGCCUUCGAUCUAGAUGGGGAAAUGUCUGAGAACAGGUGGAUUGAAGUCUAGGUUUAAUACAGGAAACUUCUACACAGUUUUGUGCUAUAAAUCCACUUGCAGAUGAAAGGAUCAUUGUUAGUUUCCAGCUUUAAAUUAUAGUUUUUUUGGCUACAUUUGAGCACAGCAGGAUCAGAGUUUGCUCUUUUGGGGUUUGUUAAAGGCACAAGAAAUAGUGCCACAAUUGUUCCCUUAACAAGAUUAGAGCAUGUAUAUGAAUAGGUCAGGAAAUAAUACUAUCUGUAAAGUGUAACCUGUAAAAUUAGUGUUAACAGUCCAUCUUUGUUGUUGCCUCUCAGUUUUGAUUACAGCCUGUUAACCAUUGUAAUCCAGCCUGAUUGACCCAUAUAAGUUUCUUGGGUUCUGUAAUUUGCAGCCUGAACAGUCUGCCUGCUGGGAUCUGUUAACUGUCCAUGUUAAUGUUGAGUGGACAGUUCAACACCUUCAAAAGAAAGUGUAUCAACCAAAAGUGUGGGCUACUUCCACAGGGAUGCCCUCAAGCCAAUGUGUUUACUGGAUUAUCAGUAUAAUGUUUUUUUUUAGUCCAUGAAUCUGAUUAAUACACCAAAUUCCAACUCAUGGUUGUGUUCAACACAUUGAAGGAGGAUUAUUUCAAUUUCAGAUUACCCAGAAACAGGCUGAUGUGCGUACAGUUCAGUAUACAUUUUUCUGAUCCUCUGCCUUCUCUGAAACAACAGGUUUUGUUUUUUUAGAAUUACUUUAACAAUGUUAAAAGAAAUAAGUGUUUUAUUAAAAAUGGUGGAUUGAUUUUUUUUAGAUACUGUGAUGGACAGAUUAUUGGAAACACUGAGCUGUAAAAGUUAAAACCCUAAACCUAAAAACUCUAAGGAGGGAGAA